AUGUCGCGCCAAACGGCCUCCAUCCUGGCCAGCCAUCACGCCCACGCGGGCGCCGACAAGCCUCGAUUAGGGCAAACGGGUCACGCGACGGUGUUCCACGAGAUGCUGGCCUCCAACCUGCCACCAGAAGAGCUGGCCCACAAGCGCAUGCAGCACGAAUCCGAAUCCCUGAUCGGGGCAGGCCUUGAGACGACUGCCUGGACUUUGACUCUAGGGAGCUUCUACACGCUCAAUGAUCCCCAGAUCCACGCCCGCCUACGGACCGAGUUGCAGACCGCGAUCCCUGAUGCCGAGCAGAUCCCUUCGUGGGCGACAUUAGAAACUUUACCUUAUCUAACGGCAGUCGUCCGAGAAACCCUAAGAAUGAGCAUGGGCGUGAUCGAACGCCUCGUCCGUAUCAACCGAAACCCUUCCCAGCCUUGGAUUUACAAUAACACCCAAAUCCCGGUUGACGUCCCGGUCAGUAUGGACCAGUACCACAUGUUGAUGAACGAGCGCGUCUUUCCCGACCCGACCACUUUCCGGCCUGAGCGCUGGCUCGAUGAUCCUCGCGGGCCUGACGGGAUCCAUCCACUCACCCACUACCUGACGGUGUUCGGGCGUGGCACCCGGAUGUGUUUGGGUCUGAAUUUGGCGUAUUCCGAGCUGUACAUCGGCUUCGCGACGCUGGUCCGGCGCCAUCAUCUAAAAUUGGUGGAGACGACUGUCCGCGACGUGGCAUUUUACGCUGAGAAUACCAUCCUGUCGCCAUGGCCUGGGACGAAAGGGGUGCGGGUUCUGGUGGAGAGUUAUUCGGACUAA